AUGUCUGCUGGCGCGCUGACGGGGCUGUGCGCUGCUACGGCUGGUAUAGUGCACCACCAGCGGCGCGGUACGGACCAGACAGACGAGUCUUCCUCCGGCCAGCAUUCAAAUCAUAAUCCGCAUUCGCUGCCUCGCACUUCGGGAGACAAGACUGGUGGAAGUGGUAUCUCGGCGGCCCCAUCGGGUGACGGGAUGGAGAUAUUGCAAUCCUCAGAGAUGGACUACAAUGCAUUAGCCGAUAAGGUCGCCGAGAAGGCCUUGGAAUUAUACGAUGCCAAGGACUGGAUCUUGAUUCGAACAGCAUCCUACUCCUCAGAUGCAGGCUUAGAUCGUCAAUCUUCAGAAGUUCGGGAUAUUUCCGGUUCGGGAGUGCUAGAGGAAUGCACAAUUGAGGACUUCAAGAAAGAAGUAAAAGUCAUGUACAAGAAGUCUUCCGAGUUUGAAGGUCACGUAUAUAGAGCAGAAUGUACGCUAGAUGCUACGCCAGAGAAGAUCAUCCAAUAUAUACUUCCAACAAGUGAACAUCAACUACCAAAGGGUCUGAGAGGCAUAUGGGACAAGAACGUCAAAGCUUCAAAAGUCAUCGAACGUAUAAAUGACCAUCUCAUCAUUGCUCGUUCAGCAACGUACAAAGCCGCCAUGGGCCUGAUCGCAUCACGUGACUUCGUGGAUCUGAUCACGGUCAGGAACUACGAGAAUCGUGGGAUAUUAGCUACCAGUUCCCGGAGUGUCGAAAGGAAAGAUAUACCGCCAAAGGACGACUGCGUCAGAGGGAUCAACUACCACGGGGGCACUUUCUGCGCUCUUAUAGAAGGGGAGAGCAAUAAGAGUCACGUGGUCAACAUAGUGCAGUCAGAUCUUUGUGGGAAGUUGCCCCAGUCGCUUGUCGAGUCUGCUCUACCAAACAAUCUCAUCGAGUUCUUUGUGGAUUUAGAUAAAGCACUGAAGAACGAAUACUCAUCAACAGGCGUUUAAGUUAUCUUGCCAGUAACAUUGACUUUGCAGCUUUUUGUUAGUUAUUACUAUAUGAUUUUGAUGCAUUGUUGGAAUAUAGCAGUAUCUUUUAAUAUACAUUAUCAUGAUUAUGUUCAUAUAAAUAUUAAAAGCGGAAUCAUCUGAUAAAAUUUAUGGCACUCGUAUUUAUUCGAUACGACGAUCAAAAUAAAUUUAACAAUGUAAAUGAUCAAUUAAAAGUUUGAUUCAAAUCAUUCCACUUUUAAAAAUUGAAUAAAAUUCACUUAGAGUAAAGAGUGAAUAACAUUCACUAGAUUGAGAGGGACUUCCACUGUCAUGACUGUAUAGCUGUUUAGUCAAUUUCAUCCUUUUAGCAAGUUAUUUUUGUCAAACGUAUGUUUUGGUACUAAUGAUUACUCUAAAUUCACUCCAUAUUGAGUGAUCCAUGUCGUCACUAACACGGAGAGAGAGCUGAAAUCACGUUUUUUUUUAGAGAGAGCACAUUUCAACUUGGUAUUUGUGUGAGCAUCGAUCUAGUGGUUCUGACUCUCGUCUUUCAAACAGAGGGUCGUGGGUUCGAAUCCUCGAGGGUUUUCCUUCAGCAAGAAAACUUACCGAUAUUGUGUCGCACUCAACCCAUGUGAGGUGAAUGGGUACCUGGUUGUGUUUAUUCCUUGAAUGCACUGAGCGGUUACGAAUAAGUCAUAGCUCGAGCUAUUCUGGAUAAUAAUAGGAGCGCUUUGUGUCCUCGGGCAAUAAGAGCUAUAUCAAUCCAACUAUUAUGAUUUAGAAAAAAAAAACUUUUUAUUUAAUUCAAAGAAUUUUCGAAUAUCGAAUAUUGCAUACUUUGUUUAUUAUACAAUUAUGAGCGAUGAAUGUAACACAAUUUUAUUUCGCUAUGAAUUAACUUUUCUCAU